AUGGAGGCCCCAGCUCCGACCCCUCGCCCACGGAUUUUGGGCCACUCUUCCAUGUUCUGCUUUUUGCGUAGUUUGGCUAGGAGCAGGGACAGCCAGAAGAGCCCUGGCCAGGCGCUGGUACCGGAGCUCGGGGUCAGCUCCCUGAUGCUUGGCUGCCAGGGAGGUGGGAGGAGGGAGGCGGGGUACCUGCAGGGCAGCCCAUCUGUGGCGACACCCAAGGGAGCCACCCAUCUGCCGUGGCUGGAUCCCUUGGGGCUGGACAUGGGCGACAUGGGGGUCCACACCCCCGACCCCAAGGAGGUGCUGAGGGUCCCGGCUCAGGCCGUGGAGGUAAAGGCAGUGCUGCCCACUGGAAGCCAGGAAGUGCUAGGCAACCCGUCCGAGGAAGGGAGGGGAAAGGAGCAGCCAGCAGGGGAGGCCUCCAGGGACAGGGGCUACUUGGCCUGGGCUCUGGAGGUAGAGCAAGACCACCUGCAGAGGGCCCUGGGGCCAGUGGAGGACGACACGGAGGCCGUCACCAGCGACAACGAGGAAUCGGAACGUCUGCUCGAGGGAGACCCCAGCUUGGCCUCUUCCAAGGCGGGGCUGACCCCCUGGAACCGCCUCCUCAGUCUGUACAAGCAGCUUCAGAAAUCAGCCCUGGUCAAGGUCUGCAGCCAGGGGCCCUGCUUCCUCCCCAAGGAAGCCCUGCUCCAGGAGGAGGAAGAGGAGGAAGAGGAAAUGGAGGACGAGAACAGCUCACUGCAGCUGUGUGUCCCAGGCUCUGCCACCCUGCAGUCACCGCUGACUAAGACUUUUCAGCCAACGGACACAGUGGGCUUCGUGGAAUCCAAGCUGAAGAAGCUUCUGGCUGGACAGCAAGAGUCCCGCCUCUGGAAGAUGGGUAGCCAGGAGGCCCGGAAGUCCCUGAGCCCGCCGGAGAGCACGCUAGAGGAGGCCAGGGUUUCGAAUGGCCAGCACCUGCUCCCCAAGGAGGUGGACGAGAUAGGAAAUUGGCUUCGCUAG